AUGUCUAAUCAAGGAGAUGACUGCUACUUCUAUUUCUAUUCCACGUGUAACAAGGGUGACAGCUGUUCCUUCCGCCACUGUGAGGCUGCUCUGGGGAAUGAAACUGUCUGCACCCUCUGGCAGGAGGGUCGCUGCUUCAGGAAUGUCUGCAAGUUCAGACACAUGGAAAUCGAUAAGAAACGCAGUGAGAUUCCUUGCUACUGGGAGAACCAGCCUAUGGGCUGUCAGAAAUCCAACUGUGCUUUUCAUCACACCAAAGGACGUUACGUCGACGGGCUCUUCCUACCCCCCAGCAAAACUACACUUCCAAGUCCACCUGAGUCUGCAGAAGAUGAUGUGAAAAUGGCUCAGAUGUCACUGCAGCAAAACAAACUUUCUGUCCAGUCAAAUCCCUCUCCCCAGAUGAGGGGGGUGAUGAAAGUGGAAAACUCUGAAAACGUCCCAAGUCCAACACAUCCCCCAGUUGUAAUCAAUGCUGCAGAUGAUGAUGAAGAUGAUGAUGACCAGCUUUCUGAAGAAGGAGAAGAAACUAAAGCCCCUGUCCAGCCACCAGCACCAGAAUCCCAUAAUGGAUUGCGGAUGAUUUCCACCCGGAAAUCCAGUGCUAAUACAAAGCAAGAUGACAAUUUAAACUUCGGCAUAAAAACGCUUGAAGAAAUCAAACUGAAGAAACUAAAGGAAAAAACAAAAAAACAAGGUGAAGGUCCUUCAGGAGUGACUGUCCAUCCACUCCAGUCACGGACUGUUCCUGUGCCAGAGAAGGAGAACGUACGGACAGUGGUGAGGACUGUGACUCUGGCUCCAAAGCAAGUGGAGGAGCCUGUGGUUCGAAUAAAUCUCCCUGAGAGGCUGGGGAAACGGAAGGCUUCUGUAGCUGGUAAAAGUGUCCUUCCACUAAAGCGCAACCUUGCUGAAAGGCUGGGGAAGAAGAUGGAGAUUCUGGAGAAUUCUGACAAAGCUCCCAAGAGAGAGAAAGCUGCUAAGCCAGCAGGAGAGAUCCACGUGAAAACACUGGAGGAAAUUCGUCGGGAGAGAGGCAGCCAGAGACGAGGAGAUCCUCCAGCUAAACCUCAGCCUGAGGGACGUUGCAGGACAGAAGCUCCCACCUCAGGGGCAAAACCUCCCCCUGCAGUUCGCAUCAAAACCUUCUCGGGAGCCCUGGCUGAAAAAAACCACAAGCGACUGGAAGAAGAGAAGCCAAAACCAGAAGAAUUUCCCAUCAAGACAAAAGUGGAGAAUGAACCCAAGAAGCAGAGCCUGUUCUCUCCAGCUGUGCCCAGCAAAGCUCAGCUGGCAGAGCCAGCAGGCAAAGCCAAGCCCUCAGGAGAAGUGCGUGUGAAAACCUUGGAAGAAAUCAAGAAGGAGAAGGCUCUGAGGAUGCAGCAGAGUGGAGAAAAUGUGCCAGCUCCAGCAGCACCAGCUGAGCCUGCCCCAGCUGGGAGGAGGGUGUUAAGGAUCACGAAGCUCAUAGCACCUGGAAGAGAAGAAAAGAAGGUCGUGGAGUUGAAUAAACCUUCUCCAAAAGCUGUCUCUGCACCUGCAAAGCCCUCUGCUUUUGUUUCUUCCUCACCCUGUGAUCAGAGUGUGACUGAUUCUAAAAUUCAAGUGAAGAGCCUUGAAGAGAUAAUGAGGGAGAAGCAGCAGCUGAAACAACGCCAAGAAGAGAAGCUUCAGAAGGAAGCAGCUGCUGUGCCAGCUCCUGCUAAAAAACCAACCAAGGAUAAAACUCCAGUGUGCCUGAAGCCUUUGGAUGGGAAACCUGCCUCCCCCAUCAAGCAGACACUGAAACGGAAGGCGCCCGAGAGCCACCCCUCUGCUGUGGCGGCUGUGAAGCCCUUGAGUGCCACUGCUGAGGACACAGGGGAGCCUCCAGCUAAAAAAGCAGCUCUGGCUUUUGUUCCUGCUCUGCCAGAAGGCAGCCUGGUCUUCAUACCUGGGAGAGAAAAGCCCCAAACCAGCCCUGCACUGCAGUUUGGGAUCCAGGCAGGUCCUGUGGGGCAUCCAGAGGUCUCGAGCUCAACUUCAGAUUCUCCCCAAGUCCCAGCCAAGACUCGACGCCUGAGCUCCACGGGGGCAGGGAAGGCCCCCUUGUCUGUGGAAGAUGACUUUGAGAAGCUCAUCUGGGAAAUCUCAGGAGGCAAACUGGAAGCAGAGAUUGACCUGGACCCGGGGAAGGAUGAGGAUGACCUCCUUUUGGAACUCUCUGAGAUGAUUGACAGCUGA